ACAUUAAAAGAAUACUAUCAAGAGUCAUGGUCCCGUAUGUUUUUCCAAGAACCGUCGAGCUAAAUAAAACUGAUAAAACGCAUUGUCAACAAACAGUACCCCAACAUAAUUAACUUUUUCGAAGACUGCAAGCAAACCUAGAGAAAUGAACUUCAUACUUCUGGCCACAAUCACGAUAGAACUUUUGGUGGUUUCUGUCGCCGAAAGUGCUAAAAACCCAUUAUUACCCAAUCGGACUGUAUGCGGUAUACAAGACGUGGUUCAAGAUUUUAUCAUUGGGGGCAGCGACGCGACCAUAAAUGAAUAUCCUUGGAUGGUCAAUCUUGAAUACCAGGAUAUAAUCUACCCAGAAAGAAAACGAGAACUCCUUUGCGGGGGUGCUUUAAUUAACGAAAGAUAUGUUCUCACUGCUGCGCAUUGUCUUAACGUUGACGACAAAAAAUUAGUUAGUGUGCGUUUAGGUGAAUGCAACAUUGAGACCUCACCAGACUGUUUCUAUAAGGGGCAGGAAAAAAAGUGUGCCCCUGUGGAACUUAGCGUGCCAAUCGAAGAUGCAAUUCAGCAUGAAGCUUACGAUCCAGACGUUCUUGGAAAGUUUGACGAUAUUGCUCUGCUCAGGCUAGAUAGGAAUAUUACUUACUCAGAUUCCAUCAAACCUAUUUGCUUGCCGACAAAACGAAAACUCAUUAACACUAGCUACGAAGGAAAGAAACUAAUGAUCGCUGGGUGGGGCUCUACUACAGCACACGGAAAUCGAAACUCCAUUGUCAAACAGAAAUUGCAAAUACCGGUGGUGGAUAAAGAUAGUUGUAAACAAAUCAAGUUUUAUCGUGUUUUAAGGGAUUCUCAAAUUUGUGCUGGUGGUGAAAAAGGAAAGGAUUCGUGUAGGGGCGACAGCGGUGGGCCUCUGAUGGCUGAACAUUUAAAAAAACGUAAAAGUAACUGGUUUGCUGUGGGAAUUUUAUCGUUCGGUGACGAAACGUGUGGCGAGCAAGACUCUCCUGCCGUGUAUACCAGAGUGGCGCAUUAUGUUGACUGGAUUACAAGCAAGAUGCUUCCGUAACUUGGAACUGAAAUUAAAAGUAAAAAAUCGACUGUGUACAGAAACUGUAAAUAAUUGUUUUAUGUUAUUAACAAGUUCGUAAAGUAAAGUUUUUGCGGACAGUA